AUGGGCAGGCGACUGGAACUGCCGAAGCAAUGGUACUUCCGAAUUAUUGUCUUCUGCAGUCUUCUGCGUCUUAGCCUGAACGCUCAAAUCAGUCAGUAUGCUGUCGACCAUGCCCCGCUGAUCUGGCUGCAUUCCGAUGAUCCAUACAUGCCCAGCGACAUCAAGGAGCAUGUUCUGCGCACGGCUCCCAGGAUCGACUUCCAACGAAUAGCAGAUGCCCUGCCGCGGUUGGAUCUCGACAACCUAUCGCUGUUGAACGGAUACGGCAAAAAUGGCACAGACGUCUUCCUCACGGCGGUCGAGGAUGUCACCACGUUCCCAGACUGGGUUCUCGGAGAGACGCCCGAUGCCGACGGCGCUCUGCACAAUUCCACGGCGUGUGCCGUGGUCGCUGUGGAGCAUGAGCUUCCCGGCAAGCAGACGGUCGUUGACGUGUUCUACUUCUACUUCUAUUCCUGGAACGAAGGCGGGGAUAUCACACAGGUGGUGCCGCCGCUGAACAGGCUGUUCCCGGACAGCAAGCCUGGCGAUCAUUUCGGAAACCACCUGGGCGACUGGGAGCACAAUAUGGUCCGAUUCGUGAACGCAAAGCCUGUGGGCAUCUACUUCAGCCACCAUACCGGCGGCGAGAUGUGUGCUUGGGAUGACGAGUCGUGUCUCUCGAAACAGGGUCAGCGGCCGGUCGUCUUUAGUGCUCGAGGAUCGCACGCGAAUUACCCGACCGAAGGAAACCACAUACACGACGAUGCGCUGAUAGACAUUGCGGAUCAAGGCCGGCUCUGGGAUCCCGUCAAGCUUGCCUACUUCUAUACCUACGAUCCGGCGACCGAGACCUUCACGGCUGCGGAGCCAGGAACGGCGCCGACCGACUGGCUCUAUUUCAAUGGAAACUGGGGCGACCAGCAGUACCCGGACUCGGAUCCUCGACAACAAACGGUCACAUACUUUGGCCUCAAGAAGUUUUACGGCGGCCCCAAUGGGCCCAAGUUCAAGCAUCUUGUGCGGACAGGUCUGUUGCCCGACGUGAAGGAGAAAUCCAAUAUCAUAAAGACCUUGGUGCACUGGUACAUGGGAUGGUAUGGUUGCUGCUUGAAGGGCAUCAAUCCCUGGGUGGUUGUCGUUCGCCUCUUGAUUUCUCUCGCUGCAGUCAUUGCCUUGAGCGUGCUCACUGUGAGGGUGGCGGGACCAGCAAUAAAGGCAUGGGUCCUGACUAGGAAGGAUGGACAAACGAAAGAAGAGACGUCGGAGGUGCAGCUCCGACUCCUUGAUCCUGAGAGGGCCGACGCCGACGACGAGGCAUAA